AUGGAUCCACUCCCAGAGUACUCUAUUUUCCUGGUCCGGAUUCUGGACGAGCUGGACCAUAAACACGCCACCAUGUCCUACCAGGACCUGUGCAAGUCCCUGUGUGCCCGUUUCGACCUGGCCCACCUAGCCAAGCUCCGUAGCCUGCUGUUCUACACGGCCUGCCUGGACCCUGCCUUCCCAGCCACCCUCUUCAAGGACAAGAUGCGCUGUGCCGUGGAGGACCAGCAGUCCAAGAAGCUGAUGGUGGCGGCGGACAUCGUGACCAUGUUCAACCUGAUCCAGAUGAACGGGGGUUUAGCCAAAGACAAGCUGCCCAUGGCGCACAGGGGCAAGUUCCACAGGAACCAGUCGUUGGAGUUGAGCAGGUCCGACCCAGAUGCCUACACGUUCCAGGACAGUGAGGGGCGAGGGGGCUACGAGCGUCCGGAUCACCCCCCGGCAGACGGCCACCACUCACACCACCACCACCCUAAAUCGGAGCGCAACAGUUGCCAGCAGUUUAUUCCCAGCUCGAACCCUAACUUCCUCCUGGGAGUCAACAAGGACCUGAAAUGUAGAGCGGCCUCAAUGGACAAGCUCCAGCAUCUGCCCCAGUACGGCAGCGUCAGCAGCAGGCCGCCGUCACCGCCCUGCGACAUGCAGACCACCUACUUUCCCAUGGACAUAGACAGCGAGUCCACCACGGACCAGGACUCCCUGCAGCACAUGGGACACCCCGAGCCCUUCUCCGUCCACUCCUGCCUCCAGAAGAGGAACAUCUUCAAGGAGGACUUUCACAACUUUGUGGCCUUCUCCCCACAGGUCCUCCCUUCUGACGGCAAGCAAGGCGGCAAGGCGUCCGACGGCUAUCACCAUCGGAGGGAGCUCCACAAGCCCGCCACCUUCUUCAACCACAGCUUCGAACUGCCUUACAGCAACCCGUACUUUGAGCCCGUACUCAACUCCCCCAUCCAGGAGAGGCGGCGGGCCAAGCACGAGAGCCUGGACGACCUCCAGGCCUCGACCUACUUCGGCCCCACCACGGUGUCCGAGUGCGUGAGCGCGCGCCGGCAGCUCGGCAAGCCCGGGAAGGUGCCGGCGUGGCCCGUGAAGAGCCUGAGCCUCAACGCAGAGGAGGGGGGGCCGCCGGACUUUGAGAGGUCGGUCCUGAACUGCAAGCCCCUCAAGGUGAACCACCCGCACAACAUCGGCGUGAUCUGCGACGCGGGCGAGCAGCGCUUCCAGAGCCCCAAACAGAAAGCCACCGCCUCCCCGCUGGCCUUCCCCAAGAAGACCAACGGGGGGAAGCCGACGAAGGAGGCGGCGUCGAUGGCGGCGUCGAUGGCGUGCGGUCCCGUGAUCGUGGACAAGAGGGAGACCGGGAAGAGGUUUCGGGAGAAGAUCGUUCACAGUUCGUCUUUCCAGGACAGCUCCUCCAGCGUCGGCACCCAAACGGAUCUGGCGGCCCAGAAGCAAAAAGCGAAAGAGUACGCGUCCAAGUACUGCGAGCGGGAACGCCACCCCUUCAAGCCCUCCGACGACGAGCCCCAGACGCUCAGCGACGACAUCAGCGACAUAUUCCGGUUCCUGGACGAGAUGAGCGUGUGCGACUCGCUGGGCGUCAUCCAGUCCCCGUGCUACAACAGCAACGGCUCCCUCUCUCAGGUAACGCUCAAGUCGGACGGCGACAGCUCUCCGGAGCGCAGCACGGUGCGGCUGGCCAAGUCCAAGCUGGACCGCCUCUUCCAGUCCAUGGAGUGCGCCGACGACGAGCUCAAGUCCAGCGUGGUCAAGCUGGUGUCGCGCAUCGGGGAGAUCGAGAGGAAGCUGGAGUCCCUGUCCGGGGUGCGGGGCGAGAUCUCCCAGGUGCUCUCCAAGCUCAACCGGCUGGACGAGAAGAUCCUGGAGCCGGAGGGCAACGGGGGGAGACACGGGGAGACGCAGGGCCAGGGCGCCGCCGCCGCCGCCGCAACAGGCUCCGUUUCUAAGUCUCCGGACCCCGCCCACACCCACAGCCACGCCCACGCCGACCCGGGACUGUCCCCGCACGUCUUUCAGUGCCACACGACGGGCCACAACGGGAAGAAGGGGGAGGCCGGCGGACUGGUGGAGUGGUGCUGCCCCGAGGGCGGGAACAGCGAGAGCAUGCGGGUGAGGGCCCUGAAGAAGAACAUGUUCACCCGGCGCUCGUCGCGCUCGCUCAACGAGGAGAACGGCGGCGCCGGCGAGCCUAAGGCGGUUGCCAGCGCCGCCAACUCCCCCCGGGACUGGAGGACGGUGUCGUACGCCUCCCAGGCCCUGGACGAGGUCAAAGACAAGGACAGCAGAGACAGGGAGAGGGACAGGGAUCGGGAGAACAAGGAGCGCCACAGGAAAGCCAAAGAGCGGGACCGCCACUACGAGCACCCCCAGGCUCACCGCCAACCCAAGCCGCCCAAGGACCCCUACCUGGUGGAGCAGGUGUUCGCCCCGCACCCCUUCUCCCCCGGGGUCAAGGCCCACGUCAAGGGCAGCCCGCUGUACGCCGACCUGCAGCUGGUGGGGCCGGGCGACGGCAAGCGGGGCCAGCCCUCCUGGACCCUGGAGGAGUUCAAACGCAACUCGGGGGAGAAGGGCAAGCACCUCACCGCUCUGGACCUGCAGACCCAGGAGUCCCUGAACCCCAACAACCUGGAGUACUGGAUGGAGGACAUCUAUACGCCGGGCUACGAUUCGCUGCUGAAGAGGAAGGAGGCGGAGUUCCGCAGGGCCAAGGCGUGUAAGAUCGGUGCGCUGAUUGCGGCCGCCACAUGCACUGUGAUCCUGGUCAUCGUGGUUCCCAUCUGCACCAUGAAGUCCUGA